AUGGUAGAGGUGAAACUUGGGAAUUCAGCCUUUGUUGUUGAUUUGAAGAAUCGUACAUGUACAUGUGGUGCUUGGGACCUAAGUGGUCUCCCUUGUUGCCAUGUACUCUCCGCCAUUGGGCUAAUGAGGCUGCACUUGGAAGAUUACGUGGAUCCCUUCUACUUUGUACCUACUGUUGCUAAAGUUUACAAAGUAGGGAUUCCAUGUCUUGUGGGGCAGCAAGCCUGGCCUAGGGCUGAAGGGUAUCCAAUAUACCCUCCAAAGCAAAAAAAGAUGCCAGGGAGACCAAAAAAGAAAAGGAGAAAGGAAGCAGGUGAACUUGAGAAAAGGUUGCACAGAGAUGGGAGGCCUUCGGGUACAGGAAUGUCAAAAAAAGGAGUGUUGUUGCAUUGCUCAAACUGUGGGAGUGCUGGUCACAACGUGAGAAAAUGCCCCAACCCACAAACUGGUGGAUCAAACCGCGGCAGAGGUAGAGGGCAGCAGGCUGGAGGAUCAACCCGCGGCAGAGGUAUAGGGCAGCAGGCUGAAGGAUCAACCCGUCCAAAGGUAUGCCACUUGUUCAUGUGCUAG